AUGUCUCUAGAUCCGUCCUCGUUCGCGUCCGCUGCGAAGUGCGUGACCCGUCACCUCAACUUGAGCCUGCACGUCGACUUCGAAAGUCGCGUCAUCCAUGGGACGGUGGCCCUGACGAUGGAGGCUCUGGAGGAACGCUUCUCCUCGCUGACUUUGGACACCCGAGACCUGAAAAUCGCUUCCGUCAGUGCCAACGGGCAGGCGGCCAGUUUUACUAUGGGCCCUAAACACUCCUUCAAGGGGACGCCGCUGGAGAUUACGCUGCCCUUCGACCUUUCCAGAGGGCAGCACACCAUCGUGGAGGUGACUUACCAGACGUCGCCCACUGCGCCUGCGCUGCAGUGGCUCACGCCCCAACAGACGGCAGGGAAGAAACUUCCGUACCUCUUCAGUCAGUGCCAGGCUCAUCACUGCAGGAGUAUGCUGCCUUGUCAGGACACUCCGGCCAUCAAGCACACGUACUACGCUCAGGUGUCAGUCCCCAAAGACUUGGUGGCAGCCAUGAGCGCACUGCCAGACGGUCAGCGCGUGGACCCUGGGGAUGCCAAUCGCACAAUCUUCCGCUUCAGACAGAACGUGGCCAUGCCGUCCUACCUGAUUGCCUUGGUGGUGGGCGCUCUGGAAAGCAGGCAAAUCGGGCCCCGGUCCAGGGUCUGGUCCGAGGCGGAGUACGUGGACCGAGCGGCGUUUGAGUUCUCUGAGGUGCGUCCCCCGCCGCUCGCUGGCUCGCCGCCGCUCGCUAAGCGCCGUAGCACCCUUCAGACGGAGGUCAUGUUGAAGACGGCAGAGGACCUGGCCGGCCCCUACGUUUGGGGGCACUACGAUAUUUUGGUCCUGCCACCAUCCUUUCCGUACGGCGGCAUGGAAAACCCUUGCCUCACCUUUGCCACACCCACGCUACUGGCUGGAGACAAGUCUCUGUCCAACGUGAUCGCUCACGAGAUCUCUCACAGCUGGACGGGAAACCUGGUGACCAACGAGACCUGGGAACACUUCUGGCUGAACGAAGGUCACACGGUGUACCUGGAGAGGAUGAUCGGCAGGCGUCUGGAGGGGGAAGCCUUCCGCCAGUUCAAGGCCAUGGGCGGCUGGAAGGACCUGCAGGACUCCGUUAGCACCUUUGGAGCAACAAACCCCCUGACCAAGCUGAUCCCCAGUCUGCGGGACGUGGACCCGGACGACGCCUUCUCCUCCGUCCCGUACGAGAAAGGCUUUGCUCUUCUGUACCACCUGGAGGAACUCCUGGGGGGUCCCGAGGUCUUUAUGGGCUUCGUCAAAUCGUACAUCCAGAUGUUUGCCUACAGGAGCGUCACCACGGAGCAGUGGAAAGACUUCCUGUUCACAUACUUUAAAGACAAGGUCGAUGUCCUGAACAAGGUGGACUGGAACGCAUGGAUGUUCAGCCCCGGGAUGCCGCCGCUCAAGCCGCACUACGACACCACCCUGGCGGACGCCUGCAUCACUCUUUGUCAGCGAUGGGUCCAGGCUGGAGAGCGAGACUUGAGCGGCUUCGGCGCCUCAGAUGUGGACGAGCUGUCGUCCCACCAGCUGGUGGAGUUCUUGUCUCUUCUUCUGCAGGAGGAGCCGCUCCCUUUGAGCCACGUGAAGAAGAUGCAGGAGGUGUACCAUCUCAACGCUUGCAUGAACUCGGAGGUCCGCUUCAGGUGGCUGCGACUGUGCGUGCGGUCCCGCUGGGAGGAGGCGGUCCCCGCGGCGUUCCGGAUGGCCACCGAGCAGGGCCGGAUGAAAUUCACGCGUCCGCUUUUCAGGGAGCUGUUCAACUUUGAAAAGUACCGGGAGGAAGCCGUGCGAGUGUUCCUCAAUCACCGGGCCGCCAUGCACCCGGUGACCUCCGGACUGGUGGCCAAAGACCUGAAGGUGUCAGCGGAGCAGUAGGACAGCCACACUAGCAGCAGCCAAUAAAGAAGGGCUUAGGUGUGAAAA